UGUAACCAGUUACUGACUGCUUUGGUCGAGUUAAGGGCCGACAUCAAGGGCCACUUGAGCUACAUAUCAAGCUCGUCUCUGAAUUUCAUCCAUUCUGAUGAGCUGAUUUUGACUGUCGGUUAUUCGAAAUCAGUAUUCAAUUUUUUGAAGUUUCGGGUCAUAGUAUGUGAAGCAUUUCCUAGUAACGACGGCCAUAAAAUGGCAGAGAGUCUAGCGAUGGAGGAGAUAUCUGUUGUUCUCGUGCCAGAUAGUCAUGUAUUCGGUUUGAUGGCCCGUGUCAAUAAGGUUAUCUUGAGUUGCAAUACUGUCUAUCCAGAUGGUGCGCUGAAGGCACAGACCGGAACAUAUGCUGUGAUGCUGGCAGCAAAACACUUCUCCAUACCGGCAACAGCUCAAGCAGCUAAUCCUUUUCAGACCUACGUGUGUCUCCCCUCGUACAAGAUCUCUCCAGUUAAUUUCAAAUUACUACCAAACUGUUCCAACACCUUGAACAGUCACGCCCAGUGUGCGCCCGAGUCAAUGACUGGUCUUAUCGAAACAGCGGACCUUUCGGUGAAUGCAUUAGACGCGCCCUCACGGUUACUCCCCGCGUCGGAGUGUCUUGCCGGUGGCGGUCCAUCACCGCUGAUUUGGCUGCCUAACUGGGACUACAUACCGCCUGGCCUGACUAGUCUCUUCCUUACCACAGAAGGAGGACAGGCGCCGUCUUACCUCUACGCCAUGGUUCGCGAACUAUUUAACUCCGAUGACGUCAAUCAAUCACUUAAAUGGGUCGAAAGGUAA